AUGGCAGAUCUCGAUAAGAGAAAGGCAAAGAAGAAUUCCGAGCCUAUACGCCAAGGAAUUGUUCAAUGCCUCUCGAAGCGGAAUGCGAGGACCUUGCUUCGAGAACGACAGGACUUGAGAGACGAUGAGGCCAAGGUGCUAUUGGCAUCGGAGCAAGACAUUGAUGUUGAGAUGGACAAGAAGGGCAAGAAGGCUCUUGAACGUGAGGAGUCAAGUGACUCUGAAAGAGGUCAGCUUCAAGCCAAAAGACCCAGUCUUACCCGGCACGGUGCUCUAGUCCCACGUAUGCCAGUGUCUCAGAUCCAAAGUCACCCAACUUCAGAUCGAAGACGUCCGCAAAAUGGGCAAUUGGGGUUUAAUUGA